AACAAAAUAACAAACACGGUGCAACUGUGCGCAAACAUUUUAUGAAAUUAAAGUUUUUAGAACUCUUUUACAAAUUAGAUUAAAUAUUUUUCACUCAUAAAAUAGUAAAAUGGAUGAUGAUGCAGAAACAUAUAAGUUAUGGCGCAUUCGUAAAACAGUUAUGCAGCUAUGCCACGAUCGAGGGUAUUUGGUAACGCAAGAUGAAUUGGACCAAACUUUAGACCAGUUCAAGGAACAAUUUGGGGAUAAGCCAAGUGAGAAGCGGCCAGCUCGAAGUGAUCUUAUUGUAUUGGUGGCCCACAAUGAUGAUCCAACGGACCAAAUGUUUGUUUUUUUUCCCGAUGAAGCUAAAAUCGGAAUUAAGACCAUUAAGACAUAUUGUACAAGAAUGCAGGAAGAAAACAUACACAGAGCCAUUGUUGUUGUACAAGCAGGUAUGACACCUUCUGCAAAACAAUCCUUGGUCGACAUGGCGCCAAAGUACAUUUUGGAACAGUUCUUGGAGUCCGAAUUACUCAUCAAUAUAACAGAACAUGAGUUGGUUCCUGAGCACAUUGUACUCACCAAUGAUGAAAAGACGGAGUUGCUAACAAGAUAUAAACUAAAAGAAAACAUGUUGAUGAGAAUUCAAGCUGGGGAUCCAGUGGCCCGAUAUUUUGGUCUCAAACGAGGGCAGGUAGUUAAAAUCAUAAGAUCUUCGGAGACGGCUGGAAGAUACAUUUCAUACAGAUUAGUUUGUUAAGGUAGAAUUAAAUAUGGCUAAAAUUUAAAACAU